AUGACAUCCUAUCCGGAAUGGGGUCCCAAGACCAAGGCCACGGACGUGGCGAUAGCGUUCAGCAAGCAGAUCAAAGGCCGAUACGUCCUCGUGACGGGCAUCUCGCGCAACUCGCUCGGCGAGGCCACCGCCCUCGCCAUCGCCGCCCAGGGCCCCGCCCUCCUCAUCCUCGCCUCGCGCACCCCCUCCAGCCUCGACUACGUCGCCGACGAGAUCCGCUCCGUCCAGCCCGCGACCCCCGUCGCCACCGUGACCGUGGACCUGCUCUCGCAGGCCUCGGUGCGCGCCGCCGCCGCCAAAAUCUCCGACCUCGUCCCCCGCCUGGACGUCAUCAUCAACAACGCAGGCGUCAUGACGCGCACGCGCCGCACCUCGCCCGAGGGCAUCGAGGGCCAGUUCGCCACCAACCACCUCGGCCCGUUCCUACUAACAAACCUGCUGGCGCCGAAGCUGCUGGCCGCCGCCGCGGCGUCGCCAUCGUCGUCGUCCGCAUCCGGCCCGCGCGUCGUCAACGUGUCUAGCUUCGGCGUCUACAUCUCGCCCGUCCGCUUCCACGACUACAACCUCGAGGGCGCGCUCGACGACUCGGACAUCCCGCCCGAGGAGCGCGGCAAGGCCCCCGAGAAGCUCCCCAAGGCGUUUGCCGCCAACAUCGACGGCUACCGCGGCUUCAUCGCCUACGGCCAGAGCAAGUCGGCCCAGGUGCUCUUCGCCGUCGAGCUGACGCGCCGGUUGAAGGAGAGCGGCGUCGUGGCCGUGGCGCUGCACCCGGGGGCCAUCUGGACGAACUUGAGCAGAGACUUGGAUGAGGAAGGGUACGAGGCGAUUGCGGGCGGGGCGAAGGAGUUCAAGAGCCCGGACGAGGGGGCGUCGACGAUGAUCGUUGCGGCGUUUGACCCUGCUCUCAACGAACCGUCGGGUAGUUUCCUUUCCGAUUGCCAGUAUCACGAACCGCCUCCGUACGCGACGGAUCCCGCGCUGGCCGAAAAGCUUUGGAGUCUGAGUGAAGAGCUGGUCAAGCAGAAGUUCGACCUGCCGCCGAGGGCUUGA